AUGAAGUUCUCCACCACUCUGAUUGCUCUCGUUGCUGCCGGCCUCGCCAGCGCCCAGCUUCCCGAUGUUCCCCCUUGCUCGCUGAACUGCUUCGUCAGCGCUCUGACCAGCGACGGCUGCUCCGAGCUCCUCGACUUCGAGUGCCACUGCCAGAAGACCGAGCUUGUCAGCAGCAUCACCCCCUGUGUUGAGAAGGCUUGCGAGUUCAAGGACCAAGUCGCCGUCUCCAACGCCGUCACCGACCAGUGCAAGUCUGCCGGCCACCCCAUCUCGAUCCCUCCCAUCGAGUCUGAGAAGACCACCACCGCCGUUGAGACCACCACUGCCGUCGAGACUACCACUGCUGUCGAGACCACUACCGCUGUCGAGACCACCACUGCCGUUGAGACCAGCACCCCCGUCCCUGAGCCCACCGACACUGUCAUCACCACUGGCACUCCCGUCCCCACUGCCUCCUCCUCCGGUGUCGUCACCUCCACCCCUCUCGUGACCAAGACCGGCUCUGCCACCCAGUCUUCCGCCUCGCCCAGCUACACUGGCGCUGCUUCCAACGUCAAGGGUAACUUGGCCGGUGUUGCUGCUUUCGCCGCCGCUGCCGCCUACGUCCUGUAA